AUGUGGAUCUGGAUGGAGGCGUACGUCAAGUUGCAAAUAUCGUGGCACGGAGAAGGCAUCCUAAAGCCCUUAAACCGCCAAGAGCCGGCAGACUUCAGCAAUCGCAGCUACGGAGACCACAUAACUGUGAAACUCUCUUCCAUUACUGUUCACUACGUGUCAAAAGGUUGCGAAAGUACACUUCGAGAUCGUCCUGUGCUGCUUCUGUUGCACGGAUUCCUCGACUUCUGGUACAUCUGGAACAGGCAGAUUCCUGCUCUCGCCAACGAUUUCUGGUACAUGAUCCCGUUUCGGCAUCCCAAGGUACCGGAAGAGUAUCUCAUGAUGCGAGACUUUGCCUUCUUUGACAAGGUGCACAAGAGCUUUACCGAGCGGGAGGAGUACAUCCACAAGUACAUGUUCUCUCAACCAGGUGCUUUGACAGGCGCCAUCAACUACUAUCGUGCCUUCAACAACGAUACCGAACAGCUCAACAAGCUCCAAUAUCGAGUGCUCAACGUACCAACGCUUAUUCUUUGGGGGCAGAAGGAUGAAUUUCUCACUUCACGUGUCGGCACAUACGACCGGGAAUGGCUGAACAACUCGGCAAUCGUGUUCUACAAGCGUGCGGGACAUUGGCUCUUGCGGGAGUGCUUUAACACUGUCAAUAGAUAUAUCUUAGACUUUGUCAAAUACGGGAAGUUGAACCCAAGCCUUCAACAAUUUAAUGAGUCGAACAUGCAAAACGAAAACACAUGUGCACACUCCGUGACACCGGACGUGAUGUCGCCGCAAAACGCACUUCCAUUGGUACCGCUGGAUUCCGGCGUUCCCGGUUUCCCAGAAGAAUAA